AUGUCUCCAGACCAGAAAGAUGGAAAUUCUUUAUCGUCCGGCUCAUCUUCCAACUCUCCCAAUGGCUCACUUUCCAACUCUCCCAAUGGCUCUCUUUCCAAUUCUCCGUUAAUAUCUCCAGCCACGGAGCCUUCAGCAUCUCCGUCUUCUCCGAUUCUCAAAUUCCAGCAGCAGCCCCAGAAGGCACUUCAUAGUGUGCGUAACUCCGAGACCGGGCCGAUGUCUGUUAGUGCGGCAUCCAACAACAACAACAACAACAACAACAACAACAAACAACAACAACAACAACAACAACAACAACAACAACAACAACAACAACAACAACAACAAAUGAAUCAAAAACAACAAAUGAAUCAACAACAAUUAAAUAACCAACUAAAUGAUCAACUAAACGAUUCACAAAAUGACCAACUAAAUGAAUGCCAAAGCGAGUCCCAUAAUAAUCAGUUAAAUAAUUCCCAAAUCCACCAGGCACAAAAAAUUCACCGCGCGAGGGAAAGAUCCCCUCCCCUUUCAAAAGGCAAGCCCAGCAUCGAGCAAGCGUGCGACUCGUGCCGAAAAAGAAAACUCAAGUGCUCCAAAGAGUACCCGAAGUGCUCCAAGUGCAUCGCGCACGGAUGGGAGUGCGUGUACUCGCCGCGCACCGUGCGUUCUCCGCUCACCCGCGCAUACCUCACCAAGGUCGAGGCGCGCGUCCAGCAGAUGGAGAACCUUCUCCACCAGUUUAUUCCCGAUGGGGACAUUGAUGCGCUUCUCGAGGCCGCCAGCUCGGACUCCGCCGCUGCGCUAGUGGCGACGCACGCCAAGGCCAGCUCCAAGAACGGGCGCAAGUCCCGGCGCAUCUCCUUUGCCAGCGCCAAGUCGCGCGACGCCUCUACCUCUGCGCUAGCUGCGCUCGUCGCCUCCACCAAGCGCCUGCGCUCCGCAAGCUGUUCUGACUUGCCCGCUUUCGGCGCCGACGGCGCAUCUGUGUCGCUCACCAGGCUCCAGGAGGAGUUCUUGGCGCUCAACCGAGCCGGUGCCAGCGCCCACGACUGGACCGAGCCCGCCGACUGUGAUUCCAGCAGUUGCUCCAGUUCUGCGUCUCUCUCCAGCAGCGCGCGCACCGGCUUUUCCAGCGGCUCCUCGCCUGCGGCUGGCGGCGUCCCUUCGCUUGCGCGCUGUGACUCAGGCUUCCCGACGCUGCGCACUGCGCAGGGCGGCUACCACGGCGGCUCGUCAGCUGCAGCGCUCCUAGAUCUUCUCCGGAUCUCGUGCGGGGGCGCACCGCUUGGCGCUUCUGGCGCACCACUUGGCGCACCCAGCACUGCUGGCGCAUCCAGCGUAUCCUCCUUCAUCGGCGCGUCGAUCGACGCACUCGCCUCCCCCCGUCCCUCCGCAGACCAGGCCCUUGCACAGAUCCUCAGCAUCGACGGCGUCAACCUAGACGCCCGCGAGACCCAGGAGGAGCUCCUCAACGGCUACUUCAAGUACUACCACUCGUGCCAUCCGUACGUCAACAAAUACACGUUUAUUCGCUUUUUCAACGGCGAUUUGCGCGCAGCCAACCCUUACCACUGGAAAGCGUUGCUGAACAUAGUUCUCGCCUUGGGCUGCUGGUGCCUGCACGGCGAAACAAAGGCCUGGGAUCUCGUCUACUACCGGCGGGCACGUGAAAGUCUCGCUGCAGGCCAAGGAGGCAUUUUGGAAAGUGGAAACUUCUUGGUGUUCACUGCAGUGCUUCUGAUGGCCGAUUACUGCGUCAAACGCCAGCGCAUGAACACCGCCUGGAUGUACGCGGGGCUCGCCUCGAGGCUGGCCUCGUCUUUGGGGCUCUACCGCGAGUUUCAGCCUGCUGACACUAAGAAAAACGCGCUGGACCGCGAGGUUAAGCGCCGGAUGUACUGGGGGCUCUAUCUUCUCGAUGUCACCGUGUCAGCGGUGCUCGGAAGACCGUCUUCCGCACUCAACGAGUCGGCAAACGUUGCCAUGUUGUCGAAUAUCAACGAUGAUGAGCUCAAUCAGUUGAUCCACGACCCCAAUAUUCCGCAACUCACGGACAAGAUGCUCAACAAGGACUACCCGACGAUCUACACCGCCACGAUCUGGCAGGUGCGGCUCAGCCUGCUUCUGGGCAACUUCAGCUCGCGCAUCCUUGCGCGCAACCCGCCCUCUGUGGCUGAGGCGCUAGCCUUGGAUGCGCGCCUUGCGCGCUUUGUCAACGAGGAGCUGCCCGCAUACUUCCACGAGAAUGAUACCAUCGCCAAGUCCCAGUUCUUCAAGGCUGUGCCGCGCUAUUUGUACAGUGCCGAUGAUUCGACGCUCCCCGAGUGGUUCAACCUUGCGCGCUACCGCUUGAUCUGGCAGUGCAAGGCUGCGCAGAUUGCGCUCUUCCGCCCGCUUGUGUUCCAGCAGCUUGCGCGCCAGCUCACCUCGUCGAAGAAGGGCGCCAAGGCGGCCAAAAGCGCCGCGGGUACCGCGGGCGCAUCCUCGCAUGGCGCAAACAACGGCAACAGCGCUAACGGCGCUUCUGGCCCUUCCGCGCACUCUUCCGUCUUCCUCGUCGACGGCAUAGCUUCAAGGCCAGGCUUGACCAAGGACCCUGACCAUGUGCGCCGUGAAGAUCUGAAGCGCGCACGCCGCCUCUGCCUCAAGGCCGCCCGCGAUACCAUCCAGUCGGUGACCAAGUUCGUCGCGGAGCUUGCGCGGCCGUCGCCGCUUGCGGUGUUUUUCGCCAUGCACUACCUUUUCGAGGCUGCGCUGAUUCCGAUGGCGCUGCUCCGCGGCGACAGCUCUUCGCACCGCGCCUUCGGCUGGCGCGACGACAUCAACCGCGCACGCACUGUGCUAUGCAAGCUUCCGCAGUAUACCGGGGAAAUCCGGCAGUGCGUCGCUGUGAUAGACGCUGUGCUGGAGCAGGCGCAGUCGCGCAAGGCGGCGGCAGCCGCAUCCGCAGGCACCGGCGCCAAGACGCCACAGGCGCUAGUUGCGAAAAGGGCAACAGAAGAUGGUGCGCACUCGCGCAUGGCCGCCGCAGGCUCGAUGCCUUCGCUCUUCCCCUCGGCGCCGGCUUCCAGCGCCAACGUUCCCGGCGCAGUACAGCCACAGCGCCCGGGCGCAGCCGGCGCCAGCUCAGCCACAUCGAUCUCGCCAGCGACCGUCGCGUCGACCGUCCCCGUCCUCUCGGCACCCGUUUUAUCCGCCCCCGUCAAGCAGGAGUCCUUGUUCUAUGACCUCAUCCAGGCCGAGAACAAUUCCUCCUGCAGCACCACCCCGGUCACAACCUGCGCAAACUCCGAACUCGACCUCCCGAGCCUCAUGCACAAAGAGCCUCACUAUCAACGGCAAUCCUUGCAGCAGGGCGAAAUCGAGAGCCUGCUCGACACCCAUGGCUUGAGGGCUGUGCCGAAACUAGCCUCCCAGCAGACUAGACGCGUCCAGUUGCGGCCCCAGCAACAACAACAACAGCAGCCACUGCAACUUGCACAGCCACAGCAUAUUGCACAGCCACGGCAGCAGCAGCAGCAGCAAAUUGCACAGCCACAGGCAGUCUCUCAGCCGCAGGCGAUCCCCCAGCCACAGCAGAUCCGCCCGCCCGCAGCCCUCCGCGGCAGAAAAUCCAUAAACUCCUUUUUGAGCCCCGAGUUCGGCCCCGUUGUCCCGGGAAGCCCCACCGGCAGCAUCAGCAAGGAGGAGGACCCCUCCAAUAUGUACUCGACGAUUUUUGACGAGCUCACCGACCCGGCGGUUUUCGACGCCGACGAGCAGAAUUGGCCUUUGCAGUCUCUUGACGAUGCCAAUCCGAUGUUCUGA